ACCCUCAAGUCUCAUAUUUCUCAACCAUUAUUCACGCUCCACAGAAAAAUUGACGUACUGCUCCAACAAUGAGUGACCUCCCUCAAACACAAAGGAAAACCCUCCCAGGUGUCUGGGAUUACAAAGGCCGUCCAGCCGAGCGGUCUAAAACCGGUGGCUGGACCGCAGCUGCCAUGAUUUUAGGUGGGGAGGCAAUGGAAAGGUUAACAACGCUGGGUAUUGCUGUCAAUCUGGUGACCUAUUUGAUUGCUACCAUGCAUUUGGGCAAUGCUACCUCUGCCAACACAGUCACCAACUUCCUUGGCACCUCUUUCAUGUUCUGUUUACUUGGUGGCUUUAUAGCCGACACCUUUCUUGGCAGGUAUCGCACGAUUGCCAUCUUCGCCAGCGUUCAAGCAACUGGUGUCACAAUUUUGACAAUCUCAACCGUAAUCCCAAGCCUCCGUCCACCCAAAUGCGCUGCGGACACAGUACCACCUUGCAUCCCCGCAAGCGGCAAACAGCUAAUAGUUCUUUAUUUGGCACUAUAUCUCACAGCUCUUGGCACCGGUGGUCUAAAAUCGAGCGUGUCAGGCUUUGGUUCGGACCAAUUUGAUGAUUCAGACAAAGAAGAAAAAAUCCGAAUGACAAAUUUUUUCAGUUGGUUCUUCUUCUUCAUAAGCAUAGGCUCGCUUUGCGCUGUGACAAUUCUUGUGUACAUUCAAGACAACCAGGGGAGAGAAUGGGGUUAUGGAAUUUGCGUGUGUGGAAUCGUUCUUGGCUUAGUUGUGUUCUUGUCGGGCACAAGGAGGUACCGGUUUAAGAAGCUCGUGGGUAGCCCGCUUACGCAGAUUGUUGCGGUGUUUGUCGCGGCGUGCAGGAAGAGGCAUUUGGAACUGCCUUCGGAUUCAUCUUUGUUGUUCAACGAUGAUGACAUUAUUGACGAGGGACAGAGGAAGAAGAAGCAGAGGUUGCCCCAUACCAAGCAGCUGCGUUUCUUGAACAAGGCAGCAAUCAAGGACCCGAAAAUGGCCGGUGGUAUCACUGCAGUAAACAAGUGGUAUCUAUCAACCCUAACAGAUGUUGAAGAAGUGAAAUUGAUCAUUAGAAUGUUACCCAUUUGGGCUACCACCAUCAUGUUUUGGACAGUGUAUGUCCAAAUGACCACAUUCUCAGUCUCACAAGCAACCACCAUGGACCGCCACAUUGGUUCCUUUCAAAUCCCCGCAGCUUCCCUAACUGUCUUCUUCGUUGGUAGCAUUCUUUUGACUGUCCCAGUUUAUGAUAGAAUCAUUGUUCCCACAGCUGGAAAAGUGCUUAAAAAUCCACAUGGUCUUACACCAUUGCAACGCAUAGGGGUUGGUCUUGUUUUCUCAAUCUUUGCAAUGGUGGCAGCUGCAUUCACUGAAGUAAAGCGUUUGAAAGCCGCACAAUCACACGGUUUAGCUAAUAAUCCAACGGCCGAGAUCCCGUUAAGCGUGUUCUGGCUAGUUCCCCAGUUUUUCUUUGUGGGAUCUGGGGAGGCCUUUACUUAUAUAGGACAGCUUGAUUUCUUCCUACGGGAAUGUCCAAAGGGGAUGAAGACUUUGAGCACAGGGCUGUUUUUAAUCACACUUUCGCUAGGGUUUUUUGUUAGCUCUUUACUGGUUACUAUAGUGCACAAGGUGACUGGGAACCAGAGGCCCUGGCUAGCUGAUAAUCUGAAUCAAGGGAAGCUUUACAAUUUUUACUGGCUUUUGGCAAUAUUGAGUGCUUUGAAUUUCGUGAUAUAUUUGUUUUGUGCUAAGUGGUAUGUGUACAAGGACAAGAGGCUUGCUGAGGAGGGGAUAGAGUUGGAAGAAACAGAGCUUAGUUGCCAUGCAUAAGGGUUUCUCUCACUUUGUGUUAGUUUUAAUCUUAAAGCAAGUCCGCCUCUUUGUUGAAGAAAUUGUUUAGGAUAUAUAGGGCAUUUGGUAAUAUUGUUUUAGUAAUAUUGUUUAUAUUUUUUAGAAAGAUGUGUGAGU